CAGGCGGCCAAUGCUCUAACUGCUGAGCCAAACCCGCCAGGGCUGUAACAUAACUUACAUGCACUGGGAAACCAAGAAAUUCAUGUGACUGGCUCUACUAUAAGACUGGCUUUAUUGAAGUGGUCCAGAACCCAACCUGCAAAAUCACUGAGGUCCCGGGAACCACCCUCAUUUCUCAGUUAAAUGGCAGCCCAUACACCCACAGGCCCCAAACUCCAAAUUUGGAGUCACCCCUCAAUGGCCAAAUCCCACCUGAAAGAUGAAACAACCUAUUCUAACCCUGAGGCUGGUCCGGGAAAAGAAAGCACGCCUGCGCAGCUGGGACUUGGCGGCAGGGAGCAGAGGGUGCCACCGGGCCUGGAGACGGCGGGGGCGGGGCUGCGGCGUCCUCUUGGGCUCCUGCCCCAGGUCAGCGCCCAGGGGAGUCCGGAGCUCGGAGCUGGGAGGCGCCGGGAGCUGAGAGCCCAGAAUACGGAGGCACAGGGAGCAGCGGGAUCCUCUGGCAGGAUGACUGUGGGAGUCUUUGCAAAUUGUACUUUCUAUCUGAAAGUCAAGCACUUAGGUCGUCAACAGAAGAAAAAGCUACAAACUGACAUUAAGGAAAAUGGUGGAAAUGUUUCCCUUUCAUUAAAUCCUCAGUGUACACAUGUAAUCUUAGACAGUGCUGAUGUUCUCAGUCAGUACCAACUGAACUCGGUCCAAAAGAACCAUGUUCAUAUUGCAAACCUGGAUUUUAUACGGGAAUCUAUCAAAGAAAGGAGACUGCUGGACAUAAAGAGUUACACACCGUACAAGUCACUGGACAGCACACCACCUCCUUGUCAAGAGGCAAGCAGUUCUGAGGUGAAAACAGACACGCUAACCCUGGACAAUGCCACAGAGACAGAAAACAUGGAGAAACUUACUAAGUUUUAUACAGAGAAUGUUGAAAUUCCUCAUUUUCCUCAAGAUUUUGAAGUUGCAAAAUAUGAUAUCUUAGAAAAAGUGGGGAUGGAGGGAGGCCAGGAGACCGCUGUGGUGGAAUUGCAGUGCUCCCAGGACACCGAGAACCCCGCCUUCCUCAUAGCCGCACACUUCCUCGCCCACGCUGGCACCGAGCGUAGAAAGCAAUUCUCUGUAAAGCAAACCUCUGAAGAUGCAAGUGAGUACUAUGAAAAUUACAUAGAAGACCUGGAGAGACAAGGAUUUCUACGAAGAGAAUCAUUUACCCCUGAAGCUACCCAGUUAGCAUCAGAAAAAUUGCAAGCAUUGCUUUUGGAGGAGGUAAUACAUUCAAGCACUCUGAGCCAAGAGGUGAGCCAUCUCGUGGAGAUGAUUUGGGCAGAGGCGCUCGGCCACCUGGAGCACACACUCCUCCAGUCCCUGAGCAGAAUCAGUCUUAACGAUGUGAGCAGGGCAGAGGGGAUUCUCCUCCUAGUAAAGGCAGCCCUGAAAAAUGGAGAGACAGAAGAACAACUGCAAAAGAUGAUGAGUGAGUUCUACAGAUUAAUACCUCACAGAGGUACAGCCAUGGAAGAAGUUAGCCUGAGACUAUUAGCCAAGAAAGAGGACCUCUGCCAGCUAAUAAGAGACAUGGUUAAUGUCUGUGAAACUAAUCUGUCCAAACCCAACCCGCCAUCUCUUGCCAAAUAUCGAGCUUUGAGAUGCAAGAUUGAACAUGUGGAACAGAACUCGGAGGAAUUUUUAAGAGUUAGAGAAGAGGUAUUGCAGAAUAAUUGCAGUGAAAGUCCAGUGGACAUCCUGCAGAUAUUUAGAGUUGGCAGAGUGAGUGAAACCAUCGAGUUUAUGAGCCAACUUGGCAAUGUGAAGACCCUGCUGCACGGCUCUGCUGCGUGGAGUUUUGUGGGCAUCCUGUCCCGGGGGUUGCUUUUGCCCAAAGUAGUUGAAGAUCGUGGUGUGAAAAGAACAGACAUUGGAAAUCUUGGGAGUGGUAUAUAUUUCAGCAAUUCACUCAGUACAAGUAUUAAGUACUCACACCCGGGAGGGACAGACGGCACCAGACUCUUGGCCAUUUGUGAUGUCGCCCUUGGGAAGUGCAUGGACUUUUACAAGAAAGACCCCUCCUUGGCAGAAGCGCCACCUGGUCAUGACAGUGUCCAUGGGGUUCCUAAAACAGCCACUGUCACCACAGACUUUGAGGAUGAUGAAUUUGUGGUCUAUAAAACCAGUCAGGUUAAAAUGAAAUAUAUUAUUAAAUUUUGCAUACCUGGGGAUGAAGUAAAGGACUUUCAUUCUUGUAAUAAUGUUGACUUAGAGGAACACACACCUGAGGUUUCAGGUUUUUCAAAGGUUGAAGAUUACCAGUUACCAGAUACCAGACUUUCCAGUAACAUCCAGGCCGGCCUCCAGGACAUCUCUGGAAAUUUAGUUCCCCUUGAAGACCUGCAUAUCAAGGGGAAAAUAAUAGACUUUGUGGCCCAGGUCAUUGUUUUUCAGACAUACACAAAUCAGAGCCCUACACCCAUCGAGGCAAAGUACAUUUUUCCUUUGGAUGAUAAGGCAGCAGUGUGUGGUUUUGAAGUGUUCAUCAACGGGAAGCACCUAGUGGGAGAGAUCAAAGAGAAGGAGACUGCCCACCGGGAGUACCGCGAAGCCCUAAGUCAAGGCCAUGGCGCCUACCUGAUGGACCAGGAUGCACCGGAUGUCUUUACUGUAAGUGUUGGAAACUUACCCCCCAAGGCUAAAGUUCUUAUCAAAAUUACCUACAUCACGGAGCUCAGCAUCCAAGGCACCGUGGCUGUCUUCUUCAUGCCUGCCACCGUUGCACCCUGGCAACAGGACAACGCUUUGAAAGAGAACAUCCAGGAUACUGUGGAAAAGAUUUGUAUAAAGGAAAUAGGAACAAAGCAAAGCUUCUCUCUGAGUAUGUCUAUCGAGAUGCCAUAUGUGAUUGAGUUCAUUUCUAGUGAUACACAUGAACUAAAAAAGAAGAGCACAGACUGCAGAGCUGUGAUUAGCACCGUGGACGGGAGCUCCUUGGAUAGCAGUGGAUUUUCUCUCCACAUCGGUUUGUCUGAUGCAUAUCUCCCAAGGAUGUGGGUUGAAAAACAUCCAGAGAAAGACAGCGAGGCCUGCAUGCUUGUGUUCCACCCAGAUCUUGGCAUCACCGCCCCCGACAGAGCUGAGGAGUGUGAAGUGAUCAUUUGUCUCGACUGUUCCAGCUCCAUGGAGGGUGCGACAUUCUUGCAAGCCAAGCAGAUCGCCUUAUAUGCACUGUCCUUGGUGGGUCAGAGGCAGAAGAUGAACGUUGUCAAGUUUGGCUCAGGUUACCAGGAGUUAUUUUCAUUCCCUAAGUACAGCACAAGCAGCAACGUGCCCGCCGAGUUCAUUGCGUCUGCCUCGCCCACCAUGGGGAACACCGACUUCUGGAAAACGCUCCGCUAUCUAAGUUUGCUGCCCCCUUCUCGAGGGACGCGGAACAUCCUCCUGGUGUCUGACGGCCACCUCCGGGAGGAGGGCCUGACGCUGCAGCUCGUGCGGAGACACGUGGGGCACACCCGGCUGUUCUGCUGUGGUGUGGGUUCUACAGCAAAUCGUCACAUCUUAAGGAUGCUGUCCCAGUGUGGUGCUGGACUAUUUGAAUAUUUUAACUCAAAAUCCAAACACAGUUGGAAAAAACAGAUAGAAGACCAGAUGACUCGGGCACGAUCCCCGAGCUGCCACUCAAUCUCUGUGAAGUGGCAGCAGCUCAGUCCUGGUGCACCUGAGCCCCUGCAGGCCCCGGCUCAGGUGCAGGCCUUGUUCCACAAUGACCGGCUCUUGGUCUAUGGCUUUAUUCCUCACUGUACUCAGGCAACUCUAUGUGCAUUAAUUCAUGAGAAAGAAUUUUCUACGAUGGUGUCAACUACUGAACUACAGAAGACAACUGGAAUUAUGAUUCACAGGCUGGCUGCCCGGGCUCUGAUCAGAGAUUAUGAAGACGGCAUUCUCCACGAAAAUGCAACGCAUCACGAGAUGAAGAAGCAAAUCUUAAAAUCUCUGAUUAUUCAACUCAGUAAAGAAAACUCUCUCAUAUCACAGUUUACAAGCUUUGUGGCAAUUGAGAAAAGGGAUGGUAAUGAGUCACCUUUUCCUAAUAUUCCAAAUAUUUUGGAACUUAUUGCCAAAGAAGAUGUGGAUUUCCUGCCAUACAUGAGCUGGCAGGAAGAGCACCCAGAUGCCAGCCUGCCCCAGGAUCUUUCAGCAUUCUCUGGAUGGCAUGAACAAGAGAAACUUCGACGUUUGACUAAAAAAAAACGUGAAUCACCUAAGCUGGAAGUUUUUGAAGGCUUUCAAGUAUUUGGCUUAGGUUCCCACCUCCCAGAAAAACCUUUAACACACAGUUUUGAUUGUAGAGAUGUGGAAAGGCCAUUGGAUUUAAGUCAGAUAGAUUCACUGAAAUACGCAAGAAUUAAACCAGUAUCUGCAAAAGCCAUUUCAGCAAAAUUGGAUGUUUCCAACUCUUUUGCUGCCCCUGCUUCAGCCAGUUCCCUAGCUGCUCCCUCUUUUGGUUCUGCUAGCCUCUCUCCUCCCAACUUACUUUCUGAACACUCUCUUUUUGGUUUUCUUGAUAGUCCCAAACAGUGUGGUCCAUCUAAGAAUGACCAAGGCCUCAAGACAGGCCGUUCUACUGGCGUUUCCCCUGGGUGGGAUUCUUCUUCUAUAAGGUCUCCCCUAGAGGGUUCUUUCCUAGAGAACCCAUCUUUUGUAUCUCUCAAUAGUUCAGCUUUUUCAGGUGACUUGUUUAGCUCCAGACAGUCUGAUCUACCUAAAAUAUAUGAAGGCCCUGAGGUCUGCCCUUAUAUUGACAAUUCCCUUGAGUUGGACUCUCUCCCUCAGCAGAAUCUUUUGUUCUCUUCUCCUGGACUUGCUCCCUCUGAUCCACCCAGAGGCUCUAGCUUUCAUAUUUUUCCUGGUUCCUUUCCUCUUCCUUUUCAAAAAUCUUCAGCUCCCUUGAGCACCAGUUACAAGCAGCCAAUACAUCAAAUUGGCCUUGCUCACUAUGGGGCUUCUCCAUCAGCUAUUUCUGUGCGAACUGCAUCAUCAGAGUCUCUCCCGCAUACAUGUUUGGCUGCCUCAAGUUCUUUUGAAACAGAAAGUGAUGAAACACCAGGAUUUCUGGCUAGCACGGUUUUUAAAGAGGUAGAAAAAUCUGAUAUAACAAGAGACUUUCCUGAAAGCUUCCUGGGACUAAGCAACGAUGGGGAUGACAUGGGCGGCAGAGAAAGCUGGAGGAAUUCUGUGCCCGGGCCUGAACUCUUCAGUCUGCAAACCGAGGAUGGCUUCUGGAAACUUACUGCAGCACUAGGACUUAUGUUAAACCUUAAUACAACUAUAUUAAAUCAUUUUCUUGAACAAAAAGGCAUUCGAUCUCUAGGUAUAAAAGGAAGAGAACGUCUUCUGGACCUGAUUGCCACACUGCUGGUUCUGCAGUUUCUUCGCACCUGGUUGGAACAAACAGGAGUAGUCUUCAAAUCCCUGAUGAAAUUGGAUGAUGCCUCCAUUUACAGAAAUACUCCCUGGGCUUUUGAGAAAAUAAAGAAAGCAAGCGAAUGGGUAAGAAGAACUGAAGGACAAUAUCCAUCUAUCUGCCAAAGGCUUGAAUUGGGUCAAGACUGGGACUGUGCCACUAAACAACUAUUGGGAAUCCAACCAAUGAACACCAGCUCUCCUCUUUAUAGAGCUCUUAAUUGUGGUCAAGGCUGAAUCAGAUGAAGUUGUAUUUUAAGCUUUUUUCAUGCUUCUAUCCAUAAAAUAAUAAUAUUAAUAGAUACCUAUAAUGAAAUUUGAUUAUGAUUUUAUCAAAUGUAGCAAUAAGUCACUUAAAAAUAAAUG